UACAACGAAUCACGGACCUAUAUUAGCGACGGACCGGAAGCAGCGUGUACUGAAGGAUUUCUGCUACUGCAUCAUUCUGUCUACUUUACUGUCAUAAAGUCCGCCCAGCAAACAAAGAGGAUGUUGAGAAACGGAGCAGCACAGGUUUUCAGACAGCUGGUCAGACACCAGUCUACAGACACCAGCCUGAUCCUGGAGAGAUCGAUAAACCGUGUUCAGCUGCUGGGCCGCGUGGGGCAGGAUCCUGUCAUGAGACAGGUGGAGGGACGGAACCCCGUUACCAUCUUCUCCAUGGCAACCAACGAGAUGUGGCGCUCGGGGGACGUGGAGACGUCCCCCGCUGGAGAUGUCAGCCAGAAGACGACGUGGCACCGUGUGUCAAUCUUCAAGCCUGGUCUGAGGGAUGUGGCCUACCAGUAUGUCAAGAAAGGGUCGAGGGUUCUGGUGGAGGGGAAGUUGGAUUACGGGGAGUACGUAGACAAGAACAACGUCAAACGCCAGGCUACCACCAUCAUCGCAGACAACAUUGUAUUUUUAAGCGACAACAUUCGAGGGAGGGAUCAAUGAGGGAAGUGGCGAUCUUCAUCUAGGAGGAAGACUAAGGCUCUUUCUGUGUAGCUACUCUAUUGUCUAUAUAUUAACUGACUGUGGAAGAAGCUGUGUGACUGCUAUCUAAAUGGGACAGAACACAGUGUAACACCUCUCUAACACCUCUCUGUUGACUGUAGAGAAUGAUUUAUCUGGACUAUCUGUCCCAUUAUGACGUCCGUGAACGCACAGGCAGCGCCAUUGAGGCCAUCUCCAUCUUGAAGUAGUCGAUUUUCUUCUACUACUUCUUUGAGUUGGUAAACAAACUGAAAUGGUUCAUACUGCCACUUGGAAUGUGUUGUUUGAACAGGUAUAAAGCCAAGGUUGGUGAGUUACUGCCACCUGCAGUUAUGGAAUGUUCGCUCGCAAGUAUAAUUCAUUGGCUGAUGGAAUUAUGUGAUCCUUCCUUAACCCAUAGGAGGUACCACCCAGUUGACUACUUCAAAAUGGUGAAAGUCCUCAAUGGCACUGCCCAUGCUAAACCAUGCUUAUGGUUACUAAAGUCCUCUCAUUCUCUAAGCGCGCCAGAGUAUACCUAAACAUGGGGUCCCAUGUAUGUAUUCUAUCCCCCAAAAUGUUUGUUACUACUGUAUAAUCUUAGUUUACGUCCAUUUGCGCUACUCUUGUUGGAGCGAAAGGAUCAGGCCUUCAAGGUGAGGCGUCAGUUGUUUUCCCAGAGAAGCCAAAUAACAGAGGAGAGAAAUAAAUGGGUGAUGUGUGACUGACUCUCAUCAACAUAAUGCUGUACCCAAAACUAGGAUUAUGUGCCAGUUUCAUAUAGAAUGUUAUACCACCUGUUUUCUUCUCAACGUGUCUUUCUGUUCUAUUUUUAAAGAUAGAUUGAAACUUGUAACUAUUUGUUUAGUUUUGGUUUCAUUCCACCGUAAACCGUUUUUUCCCCCUCCUUCCUGAAAUCACCAGAUUCCCACCUCAAUUCUGUCUGGGGAAAGUUUGUACUAAUGUUGUUUAAUGUACUUGUAUGUAUCAUGUUGGUAGAAUAUACAUUUUUUUCAGUA